ACCAGAAUGAUUCCCCAUCAAAAGCCAAUAAUAAUAAUAAUAAUAAUAAACAAAACAAAAUCUACCACGAUGAUUCACAUCUAUCUAACAAAAUGUAGGGCGCAUGAUAUCCGUAUCUCUCUCUCUCAGAGCAUAUACGUACGUUUCCACACGAGCAUAUACGUACGUUUCCACACAUGCAUGUUUUAUUACUGCAUUUAUAGACAGCAGAGGAAAUGGAGAAACGCCAUACAUGAAAAUGGAGGUUCGUUUCUUCCUCUUCCUUGCAGCACUGAUUUCAUUUUUAGCUUACUUUGAAGGAUCAACCGCGCUAAAUCGGAGUAGCUUUCCUGAUGGUUUUAUCUUCGGAGCAGGAUCGAGUGCUUACCAGUAUGAAGGGGCGACAAGGGCAGAUGGGAGGCAACCAAGCAUAUGGGAUACUUUUACGAAGUUAUAUCCAGGUAUCUCUCAACAUAUCUAAAUCUCUUAGUUGUCUUAAAUAGAUGCUGGUUUUUUUAGAACAAGAAAAAAGAAUGAUGUUUGCAUUUGGGAUGAAGAAGAGAGUGGUACUGAAUAUAUCAACAUCUGUUUUGUGUAUUGGAACAUAUUUUACAUAUCAUUCUUAACUUUUUAAUAACAAUUCCUAUUUGUA